GACAGAGCGCAAGCGCUGAGCUGCCAUUACCCAGUGGUACCAGAUCACGUAGCUCCUUGGCUUCUCCUCCGCCGAGCCAGACACGUAAGCGUCUCCUCUCCGCGAGGCGUCUUGAGAAACUGCGCUGGCAGUAAGGACGACCUCCAGACGUCUUUGGUAGCUGACAUUCAACGUCCGAAAAAGCAUACGACUGAAAGGUGCAGAGAGUGGAUCCAGACAGGUGAAUUGAACCAGGAUGUCUCAACUAGGGCGAUGUUUUAGUCUCCUUAGGGGAGCAGUCCCCAGGGUGGUCUCACAGGUGCCAUGUAGAGGGCUGCACCUGGCCAGGUGUCAGCCCCUGCAGCUAUCCAGCAGACCCACCUCCCUCCUAACCCAGUGGGCACGUGGACUGAGCACCUGUCCUCCCAGCACCAAGCCUAAGACCAAACCUGCGCCCACACUAGCCUCCCUCCAGCCCUGCCGACUCAUGAACCAGGCAGCCGAGGCAGUUCCAAAGGAGCCAGAGUCAGUAAAGCAGAUUCUCGGGUACCUCAAGGAUGCGCCGAAUGCCGCUCUGUAUCUCGGUUUGGCUGGUGCUGUCCCAUUUGCGCUGCUCCCAACCUACAUGUUGUUCCAGCAGUGCUACAUCCCGGAGAUUGUGUUCACCCACGCGGCCUGCGGAGCGUCCAUCCUGUCUUUCUUGGGGGGUAUCCGAUGGGGAAUCACCCUGAGCGAGGAGGGCCCACCUCCUGAUUGGCUCAACCUGUCCAUCAGCGUGCUGCCCAGUAUUGCUGCAUGGGGUGCCUUACUGGUCCUGCCUGGUACCUCGGUGAUGGCGUGUAUGCUGGGCUUCGCAUUCACCAUGUGGACUGACGUCUAUCGGCUGAAGGGCUACCCCGACUGGUUCCGUGCGGAGCGGCUGCUUCUGUCGCUGAUCGUGCUUGGCUCCCUCGGCAUCACGCUGGGAAUCUACCUCAGCGACAUGCCCACUAAGAGCCUCAAAGAGAGGAAAUAGAGAUAAAAAACACCAUAUCUUGAAACAACUAUUAGUCAUCUCCUCUUCCCAAAGUUCUGUAAAGUCAUCAUCAAUUAGGUUUGAAGGUAUUAAAGGCGGAUAGGGAACCAUUAAAAGUGCGAAAUGCAAAUUUUGUCAGCUGGUCAUUGCAAUCCUUGAUUGAUAUGUACUAGACAUUGUGUAAGGGAUGAGACUUGUCUUAUUGCUGACGCCUGAAACGACUGAAAUAGAAAGUUGACUUGUACGACACUGUGCCAUUAAGGCAAAUAGAAAACAAUCACGAAAUAUGACAUGCAUGAAAUUUUCAUUUAUAGGAAAGCAUUGGCAUUUGGACCCAAAAACCAUUAUCAUAAAGCAGUACAUAUUCGUAACCUUUGAUAGACACCCAUUUCUUUCCCAGAGAAAAAGCAAAAGAAAUCUAGAUUUAAGGAAAGACAGAAAAACAAAUUAAAGGUCUUUUUGUAAAAUACCCAAAGCCCAUUUGUGUGAUGGAGCUGAAUAGAGUCCAGCCUGUACAAUCAUAUACACAGAAUGCUUGCCUCAAGGUGCUUCUGUUUGAGCUGGAGGAAUUAAUAAAUUUUUGUUUGCCCAUUUUGUGGCAUAUAGACUAUUAACAUUUUGUUGUGUUGUUCAGGUAAUCACUGUAGUUUAAAUUGUUAGUUUUUUUAGAAUCAUCAGUCUGCCUGACAUGGUUACCCUGCCCUGUGCUGAAUGUGUCCUGGAUUGCUGUAUGAACACUAUGCACUCUUAGACUCUAAGAGUAGACACAUAUUCUGUAGAAUCAGAGUUUUGUACUUGUGCCUAAGGACAAUUAUGAUAUGCUUUAAUGAUAUUGUGCAAAAGUUGGGGUAAAAGGCAGUCAGAAGAUGAGAAGAUGGCUUAAGAUUAAGUUGGGCUUACAGUGUAACUGGUAGACCUGAGAGUGGUUAAGAGGUAGAGGUGAAAAGGGAUUUGAAUUGGCCUUGAGAGCUGGAUAUUAAAGGUAGCAACCUGUAUUAAGAAGUAGGCUGGUAUUGGUGGAUAUACUAGAAAAUACCAGAAACUUCCACAUGUAUGUAUGGAGGUCGAACUGAAAAAAAUCAGACCACAGAAUUCUCGCUGUAUGCCAGACACUUGAUGGCUUUUCUUGAUGUGUUAAAAUAAAUGAAAAAUUUAGCUCUUAAAGGGCAAAAA